GCAUACUAUGACCUCACCCUAGUCACUAAUCCGACGAUAUUGUGUCGUUGGAUUCUUUUAUUAACGACAGUCAAUCCAUGGUUGAUCGCCCUUAAAACCAGAGCUACGCCAUCCUCCAUCCUCCAUGCAUCUGCGUCAGAGUUUUGAGAUCCCUCCAUCGCCUUGAAACCUAGCACUCCCCCUCCGCGGCCAUGCCUGUUCAACAGCAGACAAAUGCCCCUCGCAGACGUUCUUCCGUCGCCUAUGAUCCAGCCAGGGACAUUUUCAAGCAGCUACCAGAGACCAUACCAGAAGAUGCUAUCACGGAAGCAGAAGAUGUCCCAAAACAAAGCGCAGCCACCUCAUCAAGUCCCCUAGUAGACGCAGAACAAACGCGCAAGAGAAGACGUUCAACUUCAGGUGACAGACAAGUGAAAGAGAGUAAUGGAGCUGAAGCCCCUAAUGGACCAGGAUCGCCCAAUUCAAAGAAGCCAAGGUCUUCUCCAUCUCCUUAUGAACAACGUGAUCAACCCAAAAAGCCAGAAAAUAAUGGGACACAAGGACAUAAACUCCCUCCACGAGUACCGUCGGAUCUACCGCGAAUUCCGCGCAAGCCUAGAGAAGACGGUGAAGUCUCUUCAUCCAGGCCAGUUUCGUCCGCAUACAGUCGAAGACCUGAUCUAGACGGACGUCGAGAUGACCGACGCAGAAACGGGGACUCAUUUCGCCGAAGAUCCAGGUCUCCCCGACGACAUGGUCUCCCAGACGCUUACAAACGACGCUCGCCUCCUCGCCGUCCAAGAUCUCCUUCGCCUAUCCGUGACUCACCACCUCGAGAGAUCAUCCGCCCAGGUGGUGGAAGAGGACGAGGUCGUAAUGUUCUUGCUGAACAACAACGCCUAGCUGCCGAGCGAGAGGCAAAACAAGCUGCAGCUCCCAAACGUGGAGUACAGGAAGUUUCCAAUCAGUUUUACAAUGCUCGACCAGAAUGGGUCAAAGAGCGUGGCCGAGACUGGCGAAGGAAUGAGUCUCAGAUCAAGGGAUUGCGGAGUUUCAACAAUUGGAUCAAAUCCUGCAUCAUUCACAAAUUCAGUCCUGACGAAAAGGCCGAAGUCGAGGAAUUAGGCUGGGGUGAAGAGGCCAAGGAGCCAGAAAUGCAGAAGCCAUUGUUAGUUCUAGACAUUGGCUGCGGCAAAGGAGGCGAUCUGGGCAAGUGGCAGCUUGCACCACAAGUGGUCGGACUGUAUGUUGGCCUUGAUCCAGCCGAAACCAGCAUCAAUCAAGCACGCGACCGAUACCAGCAAAUGCGGCGAGGUCGAAAGCCCAUUUUCGAUGCUCACUUCAUUCCUCAAGACUGCUUCGGUGCGUGGAUCGGCCAAGUUCCUAUCGUGAGCGAAGUUGGAAUUGACCCGAAUGCGGGAAAUGGUCCAACGUCUCGUUUCUCCGGCGGUGGCUUCGAUGUGGUCACGGCCAUGUUCACCAUGCAUUAUGCCUUUGAGUCGGAGGAGAAAGUGCAGAUGAUGCUACGCAAUGUCGCCGGCAGUCUGAAGAAAGGUGGCCGGUUCAUUGGUGUUGUGCCAAACAGUGAUGUCUCUGCCGAACAUAUCCGCGAAUGGCACGCCAAAAGAGCUCCGCCUCCGUCUACCGAAGCAACCACAGAUGUGGACAAGACUGCGGACACUGAACCGACUUCAACAGCCAGUAAUAGCAACAACGACACAUCGCCUUCUGCAAAACCCAAGGCCGACGGCGAAGGCGACGACACCGACGACGGCCCAUCAUGGGGCAACUCGAUCUACAAAGUCCGGUUCCCACUCGAUCCAGCACAACCACUCGCCAGCGACGGCAGCUUCCGACCCCCAUUUGCAUGGAAAUACACCUACUGGAUGGCCGAAGCGGUUGACGUCCCUGAAUUUGUGGUGCCGUGGGAAGCCUUCCGCGCUAUGGCUGAAGGGUUCAACCUCGAGCAACGGUAUCGUAAGCCAUUCCCAGCCGUCUUCGAGUCUGAGAGGGGCAAUCGGGAGUUGAUGCAAUUGGCGGUCAGGAUGGGAGUUACUAGGUAUGAGGGUGGAGAGACUGUAUUGACAGAUGAGGAAAUGGAGGCUGUGUCCUUUUAUCAUGCUUUUUGCUUCGUCAAGGUCUAGACUGCAUGACUAGAUUGAGGAACGGGUAUUGUAACAACGAAAAAUGGGAAAGGGGACAUGGGUUCUUUGUUGCACCCAUAUCUUGCCUUUUAUCGCCUCAGCGCAACACACCAGAGAGGAUAGUUUUAGCAGAUGCAGAAGCUCGUUCUAAGUAGUUGAUACCAGGCUAGACGAAGAACUUGAGUGUUUUACAUCCUAAUUCUUUUUUGGGGGAUUCGAAUAUUAUUCUUCUAGGAUCUGACAUUUAUUCAAUCAAUC